AGCUCGUCGGUGUGGUUGACUGAGCAACCAACCAUACAUGUGCCAGGCGCGCCUGCCUGGGCAGCUCCCCCAACAAGCUGUUCCUGUGGAGGACACUGUGUGGAGUAGCCAACCAUUGACAACUCGCCCCUGCGUGCCUGCCAUUGGCAAACCACAAACAGCCAGCCCAGGCCAAAAAGAAUGCCUCCUAAUUAUUGCUCCAUUCACGACGAGCUUGCAGACGUCAGUCCGGCGGACAAGGUUUGAAAGCAGCAAGCUGGUGUCAUGUCCGUCUGCUGAUCAUAACGCUACCACCCUUUGGAGACAGAGACGACCGACGUCUCGUGACCCCUCCUUUGCCGACGUCGGCAGCUCUGAUGCUCCCUGCUCCGGCCGCAGAGCGCCGUCAAUCGCUGCUGGCCACCAUGGUCGCCAUCCAAGAGCAGGAGCGCGUGACUGCUUGAGGAGAGCUCAGCACCGCUCUCUCAUCCGAACAUGGCACGGCUACCUGCUUCAACACUGAUGCCCAAGUGGGACGGACAUGGGAGCGUGCCAGCACAGCAGCCAUUUGUCGCAUCUUCCCACGCCGCUGCUAGUCCGGCCAUGCAACGUGCAAUGCAUAUAAAAACGACUGACUGUGGCUUGGUCCCUCAGAAUUGCACUCCUUUUUUGUUGUUCUCUUUGGGUCCUUACUCUCGAGUGCCCACCUAUGCCUUGGUAUCCGACCGAGAAGUCGUUUGUCAACCACAAGAUAUUACCGCCCAGAUACUCGAGCGAGCUGAAAACCUAAAACAAGAAUACUUCGAGUCAAUCAUUGAACCCAUUGGGUACUACAAGGAGCGAGCCUCCAGGACGACGACGCUUCAACCGCACCCACAUGUUCUCUUCGCCCGAAACAUCAGCAUCUGUACUCAUCGGAGGCAAAGUCGCCAUGACUGAACAUUCACCGGCCAUGUUGCCCUCUCCCCCUCACUCGGCCACGCUCGGCGAUGAGUCGAGGGAACAUGGGCUUGCGAUCAACAUGGUCAUCCGGCAGGACCCUUUUUCCAUCACCCUCGAUGCGCCGGCCCUGUUGGCGGUAACAAUGGUGCUUAUCUUUGGCAUGCAUACAAUCGAGCAGCACAUGUUUGCUUGUAUUCUGGUUAGCAUGCCUAUUUUGCUGCUAAUCCGGAAUGACUACAAUAAUUUCCUAAAUCUGGGCCCCGGCGGGACUCCCCCCACGCCCGCGGGCUACGUACGCCUGGCAUGGUACCGCAUAUUUGCCCUCCGGGACCCCUUUACCCCGCCACCGACCAGCCCUGAUAAAAUACCGACUAUGGGCAUCCUCCAAGAGCAGCCCCUGUCGUUCCGUGCAGGCCCGCGUCCCUCUGUCGCCGGCCUGGCGCCGCAGAGGCAACUGGAUCAGUGGGGCAGCUGGCAGCUCUGCGAGCUGCUCAAGACAGCUAUAGAGAGCCUCUGCGCCAGGUACCCAGCCAAGUUCGGCGUUGGAACGUCGAGCAUCGAGAAGCACGGAUUUGCGCUGUUUGCGAGACACCCCGUCAAUGUCUGUGGCAACGGCGAGAUUGUUCAUUUGCACAGCUCGGACAAGUCUAUGCACAUGAACCUCCAUCCGGACGACAUCAAAGAGGUGCUCCAAAGGGGCUGGGGCCAACGACACCCCCUGAGCUUCAAAGGCUGGGUCCAGUCACCGCUCCCAGACACCUUUAUGAUGAUAUACGCACCGCGAGACCAGAAUGAUCUUCAAAUUACAUGCAAGAUUAUCGAGGCCGCUAUUUGGUACACAACAGCCGAGAAGAUCGAGCUGAACCUCGCGGAGAGUCCGUAGGGUAUCCAUCCCAUGGCUCAUGAAGCGGCUGAGCUCCAUCUUACUCUCGUUCUCCAGAUUGUGGUAUCUGUUUGUGCUAGGCGUUAGGUUAAGACUGUUGACGAUGUGAUUGUCGCCUGCGGGCAAAUUUACCUUGUGAUGGUUUAUCCCCAUUCGUAUAAUUACUUUCUGUGUCGCUUUUCCUCUUCCUUCUUCUUUCCUUGUCUGAAAUUGCCGAUUUUUGUUGGUCGACUAGGUUGGGCUAAAAGCAAAGGUGGGUCCCCGGCUCCUCGUAGGGGUGGGGCGGGGUGACGUGACGGUGCGCAUUGAUUCAAUCUGGGAUACUCCGCGCACAGUACAUAAGGUUUCUCGGAGUACGUACCUUCCAUAGGUCUGUGAGGCUGCCUGCCGAAAGGUCGAGUUGAAGGUUUGAUCCGAGAAAUC